CCCCCAACCCCUUCUUCAGUACAUUAAACGUCAGGAUUCCGUCAUCAUGAAGCCCCUCUUCGUCGCCCUCGGCUGCCUCUUCGCUUUUGUUCUAAGUGGACACUCUCACAAAAGUUAUAAAUAUCGGAAUGUGAGGAACUAUAAGGGUCUAAAACGCGAGCCAAUCCAUAAGAAAGUCCCCAUUUCCCACGGAACUGAAGUUGAACCAUCACACGGAGGAACCCCGGUUCAUAUCCCAAACGUCGUUUCUCCACUUAAGCAACCUGAACCAGAUCUACUCAAUUUCGUCAUCAGCGUGAAUGGGAAGCACAACGGAUAUUACCAAGCAGACAAACAGUGGAACGUAGACUGCAACCAAGAUCACUAUUCCUACACCUACGGUUACAUCACAGCCGUAUGGGAUGACAAGGACAAAUUUGCCGAUGUGGACAAGGUGAAGUGUUCGGGAAACAGGAAUGCAUACGGAGGUAUCAAACUUGAUACCCACGACAAUGUGGUCAUCCACCUCUCACGUAUGGAUCCCUAUUUUAAGCCGUACUGCCCAAAAAAUUACGUCCUCACAGGUAUAUACGACACUCAUUAUGGCUUCCAACAUCUGGUGAAUGGCAAAUGCACCCGAGUGAAAUAUGGGUAUGUGGACAACGAGAAAUGCAUCGAGAUUGAGACUGAUUAUAAAUCAGGAGGGACCUAUGAUCCAAAUCAGUCAUGGAAGGUUGAAUGCCCACCAUAUCAUGGUGCCGUUGGACUCCUCAGGAACUACGACAAGAUUACAGCUCUCAAGUGCUGCCAACUUGUGCGUCAUGACCACCAUGAUACUCAAUCUCAGGUUCACUCUCACUUGUGAACAGCAGUACAGUGUUUUUUUCCACAUAAGUCAAACUUUCACUCAACUUAUACACUUGUGCAGUGUCUUAGUCAAGUGAAAAUAUCUCUGACUCAAGUGGAAAACCCUGUAGAAGUUAUGAGAUCCAACCAGCCCACCGACGCCAGGUUGUCAACUGACAACAGGCAUGAUUUGCUUUGACUUUGUCAAC